UUAACCCAGGCUGAGUAUGGGUGGUAAAUAUUCAGUGUUUCCUUUUUGUUUUGUUAACAAUUUAUCCCAUAAUUUUAUGUGGCCAUCUCAUAUGGUCUGGUUUAGUGGGUGCCAAAUGACCUGUGCCUUGUUAGAAUAAUUUACAGAUAUUGGUACUUGUUCUGAGUGUACCAUUGCUGAGUGCCGGUGCGGGUACCCUGCUUUUGGAGACGCGCCUUUUUGGGAUGCUUGGACAAUCAAAGGUGACACCUCACAUCCAACCAGGGGAAAAUAGUUUAAAUAAGCUUGGAAUUUUACAUUUUUUAAUGUCUAAAUAAGUUCAUAUAGUGUUACUUUAAAUACACCAGUGUGUGUUUUGGUGUAUACAGGUAAACUUUUACUGGCACUCUUUUUUUUCUGUUAAAUGAAUAACAUCAAUAUUUUAAUGUCUAAAAGUCAGGACCAAGAAGAUCAUGGCAGCAGUGAACUCGUUGAGGAAUAUACUGAUACAGCCACACCAAGGUAUUAAUGUAGAACUUAGUCUACCACUGUGGUUUGAUACUUCGUUCAACAUGAGUAAAAUCCUUAAAAUUGAACAUGGUAUGAAGGAUUGUCAUAAGCUUUUUGACCCGUUGUCACAUGGGGAGUGUUAGAUUGGUUAUUUUGAUGGUUAGAAUAAAAAUAUCUUCAAAGCUUUUCUGUGACUUGCAUAUUACUUUAGCCAGUGUCCGGACUGGUGCAAUCAUAAUACUCUGAAGUAAUGGAUGUAUUCAGAAAAGCUAUUGAGAUCACAUCCAACAGGAGUUUUUGUAGUGAUCCACAGAGUAAUCCUCACAGUUUCAACUGUCUUCCAAUGUGUCCACUUUUCCGAGAAAACACAACUGUUCAGACCAAAACCAGACAGCUUGCAUAAGACAAAUACUACAUGUGACAGUCUGAUGCAUUUAUUUGUGUGUGUCCACAGUGUAGGAGAGCAGGCUGGCUGUGUGGCUGCAGCCGGGCAGCUGACUGAAGAACAAGUGGCUCAGAUUUUUGCAGCUGCAGAGAUCAGCAGGGCCUACAGGAGGACUCAUCAUGAAAAACUGUUAGAGUUCAUAAUAAAGGACCAUGGAGCAGAUGAUCACUUGCUGGCUGUUGUAUCUCGUAAGGUAUCGUCCAAAUGGUUAAAAAAUUAUGAAAAUCCUAAAGGUCACCGGGUAAUGACUUAUAUAGAAGAUGAGGAGCUGAUAGAUGGCCUCUACAACUUCUUGGAUGAAGUGCUGUCAAGUGCUGUAGGCACUUUUGAGAGGAUUGACAGAGUUCGCAUCAUUCUGGAUGUGCUGAUGCCAGAGGUUAAUUAGCCUUCGUAAAUCUCU